UGUUGGAUGCCGUGCACUUACAGCGCGUACCCGAGCGGUGUGUGGACACUUGCAAUCUUCCCAAUUAAUAACACCAAGAAAACCUUCGAAACAACCGAAAUCGUCGAAACGAAGGCGUCUGCUAUCAGGAUGUGAAUGUGGCUUGUGCCGUCCCUCCCAUGACCACGGCCCACCCCAGCACAUUAGAAUGUUCCUGAAGAAUGUUCCACCUGUGGUUGCACUGCAUACAGAAUGGAGGUCCUACGGCCCGACCAGAAGCUUUAGCCUGCCGUUGUGCUUCAAUGAUACUGACAGCGACAUAUCUACCCCUGGCACACCGAUCCCUGAGAAGGUCCAGAUGAUCAUUGACGGCCUGAGAAGCACCCAGUCCUCCCUCGAUAUGAGCAGUGAGUAUGAGGGAAAUCUUCAGGCAGGUCCAGCUCCAGCCCCGGGAUACACCAGCAAGGCAGGUGACGCCACGCACAAAGCAAGGCACAGGAGCACAAUGGCGGGCGUUAGAGCGGAUGACCAGCGUGCGGAUCCCGUGGGAGCGGGCUCCAGGAGUCCCGAUUCCGACAGCGAUGACUCUGUGGACAGAGGAAUUGAGGAGGCCAUUCAAGAGUACCUGAAGGAAAAGGGUGACCACAAACGGAAACUGGAGCCAGCGACAAGUCCGUCACAGGUCCCCAAACAGGCAAAGAGAGGACUGUUCUUGUCAGACAGCCCCAAACACUCGGAUAGCAAUAAAAUCUUAACUGCCAGCAGCAACCACAUCCCAAAGAGUGCAAAAGCCUCAUACUCAGUAGCUAUUGAUAAAAAGCGUUUCAAAAAUGAUAGAAGCUCUGAGGGGAAUCUAAUUCCAUGUAAAAAAGGGGACCUCAACAAGGCAGUAAAAAAUUUCUCCUUUGAAUCACAGAAACACCCUUUUGACCUGACUACCUAUCCCUACAAAGUGCAGCCUCUUGGUGCACUUAAAGUGGUCGAAGAGUCUCCUGACUCCAGCAGUGACGAUGGGAUCGAGGAAGCAAUUCAGCACUACCAGCUGGAGAAGAAAAAGGAUAAUCCCGAAGACCCCAGAAAAUCCUCCAAACCCUUGCGACUUAAUGAAGAAUCAGAUUCCAGCAGUGAUGACGGCAUUGAAGAAGCCAUUCGUCGUUACCAGCUGGAGAAGCAAAUAGAGAAGAGCAGAAAUGUCACAAAGGUCUCUAAACCCUCUCAACCCAAGCAAACCCAAGUGAGUAAAGCUACAGCACCGAGUCUGGAUCACUCAGGCACCCGAGCUAUCAAAAAACAGAAAGUGCUUACAAAGAAGAAGAAAAAGGAGAGGAGCCCUAGACCUGCGCUGUCUGUGCCAGUCGCCUCUUGUGACAGUUUGAGCAGACCAGUGGACAGCCACGAAGUCAAAGACAAUUGUGUAAAUUUAACAAAAAACACAACCCUCUUGGAGGUGCAGAGUCCAGCUCCCUUGAAGGUGAACACCACUGCUGAACUAAUGUGCGCUGAGGCCAUCCUGGAUAUUUCCAAAGCCGUCAUGCCUGAGGCCUUUGCGCACAGUACAGCCCUUACAAACAACUGUGUUCAGUCUACUUUCCUCGACAGGGACGGCUCCAACUGCUUAGACAACAAAAGCGAUGAAAGCUCGGUUGACAGUGAUGAUGGGAUUGAACAGGAGAUCAGAAAGUUCUUGGAACUGAAGGCGCAAAUGCACAAUCAGCCAUCUGGCCCGCCUAGCUUUGCAUGUGCAAAAGAGCAGGUCACACCGGCGCAGCAGAAGAGGAAGCUAGACCCUUCCAGAAAUAAAAAGCUGAAGCACUCCCUAUCGGAUAGAAGAAAACACAAGGAGGAGAAUGGUAGUGUUUCCAAAGGACAAGGUUCAAAGGAAGGAGAAGAGCCUCACCCAAACCCUUUGACACUGAGUGACAGACAUAACAUCUUCAGAACUCAGGCAUCAGCUACAUCUGCAGAGACUGCUGUCCCUCUCCAUGUAGUCACAACUCCAAAAAGGGAAGGCCCUAUGAAAAAUGGAGAGCAGAAACACUCUCCCAUCAGCCUGAAGGACACAAGAGAUCCAGGAACUAAUGAGGGAGUUUCACGCUCGUCGAGCUUGAAAAACGAAGUAUCAAAAUCAUCAAUGUUGGCAGAGAGAAGGGCACAGACUGGCGACAAGAGCAGCUCCUUAGAUAGCGAUGAAGACCUUGAUGCAGCAAUCAAGGAUUUGCUGCUGACUAAGAAAAAGGUUAAGAAAAAGAUGAGGGACAGGAAGGUGAGGUCAAGGAAGAGCAUUCAUUUUGGAGUGGUAGAGUUGUGCUGUCUGGACGAGGCCGAGUCAGAGAAAAAGGCAGCCCCCUCUGAACAUAAAACUCUCCCCAACCCCAAUGCUCCCAAGAGCUACAUUUCUAAAUCUAGCAGAGUAAAAAGUAAGCAGAAUACAAAUGGCAGAAGUGUAAAAUCCAAAAUGAGCAAGGGCACCUCAGAGCGGCCGAAGGCUGAGAAGAAGGUUAAACCCUCUAGCCAGGUAGAACAGACGGGUGAAGUGAGAAUGCCUUCUGAUGUAGACACUCAGUCAUGUGGCGGUAAUCUGGGUGCAGGUCGGAUAGAGGAAGACAGCGGCUCUGUAGACAGUGAUGACAGCAUUGAGCAGGAGAUCAGGAGAUUCUUGGCAGAGAAGGCGAAAUUAUCUACAGAGAGAACUAAUGACAGUGAGGAGAGAAAGGAUAGCACAGUCAAGACCACUGUUCUGAUGGCUGAUGGAGGGGUAAAGUUGGAAGCUCAGCAGGCUGAGGUUCCACCUACUGCAGGAGCUCAAUACACAGGCCUCCCUGAUAGUGGUGUGUCUGGACAGCCAGGGUGUAGGGAAGGGGAGAUUUUACAAAGUAUCGCCCAAGGAUUACAGGUCCACCUUCCUCAGUCAGCUGAUAAGAGGUCACCCCCUGCCAUAGUUAUCACUUCCAACUCCUCAUCACAUCUGCAGGCAGAUAGGCAGGGGGAUGCUGGGAACGCACUGAAAAGAAGCCAAGGAAUCUGGGAAGAAAGCAAUAUUGAGAAUUCCAGUCAAGGCAAGGCAGAGGCUAGCUCAGUACAUAAAGCCGGUGUUGUCACUCCCAGCACUAACACAGAACCCAUUCGGGUGCACCAGGUAAACUUUCCAGCAGAGACGGGGGUGUCGCCCCUGUCACAGAGCCCACUCUACGUCAGUCCUCCCAGCCCGAAGAGGGUCAGAGAGGUCAGGGUGGCUAGCACGUCUCAUCGGCAUGACAUACCCUGCAGCCAUCAGACCAGAAGCUUUAUUCCCGCGGGCGAAGUUCGCUGCGCUGUGUGUCCAGCGGCAGGAGGUUGCGAGAAUACUGGCCAAGAUGGAUUCAUUGAGCCAUCUCACCACUCCACAGAAACACCCAUCAGUGUCGUGUCCCCUGUCCAUACCUCAGCUCCAGCCAGGCUGCCAUGUGGGUAUUUCAUGCAUGGACGGCCGAGAGAGGGCAACCCUGGCCAAAACCCAACCCCUAGCCUAUUGGAGAGCACGGCGCACAAAGAUGUGGUUCAAGCAAAGCCAGACGAGCGGUCUAACCUUGAGGGUAACCAUGUUCAGAGGCGAAGCAGGGACCUGGGUAGGGCAGAUGACAGGAAGGUUUGUCCCAGAGAAAGGGAAGACAGGAAGAGAGCAGAAGGAGAGCUGAAGGGAGAAGGAGAGGAAGAAUGCGUAGAUGAGACAGAUUAUGGUUCAGAAGAGAGGCCGAGUGGUAGUCAGAGGUCAAAGGAGAGGAGGCAGUCUCCUAGAUUGUGAGUACCGACCUUGUCUCGUUCCUUCUUGUUACAUCGCGUUUUCAUCCCUUCUUUAUUUUAGUCACUGUUCGUUCUUCUAUCAUGGUAAACCUUUCAAUUAUGCCUUCCUCAGAUGUUUGUAAAUUCCAGUACUUUCAUAUGUAAGAAUGCAGGGGAUAUUAGUUUAGAAAAUGAGUGUAGUACAAAGGUUUUUUUUGUAUACUUAUUUGUACAUUUAUAUUUAAACACACACAAAUGUCAUUAAGUAG